UGGGGGAGGGUUGGUCUUGCCCUGGCUGAGAGUUCGGUGACCUGGACCUGUAUACUGGAUAAAUUCUGCUGGAAGAUGGAACACGGCAGGUUUCUGGCUUUUCUGUUAGUGGCUUCCAUUCUCUCUCAAGUGAACUCCUGUCUGAUAAAUGUUGAAGAAAUUGAGGACAAAGUGUUUUUGAUUUCCAAUACCACCCUCAGAACUAUAAAGGGAACAAAAAUUUCUUUAAAAAACGAUAAUGUCAAUAAUGGGGACUUGGGGAGAUGGACCCUGGACCCACAAGGAAUGUAUGAGUGCAAUAAGACAGAUGGAAAGGGAUCGUCUACUCUUCAAAUUUAUUUUCGAAUGUGCCAGAACUGUGUAGAGCUGGACUCAGCCACCCUGGCUGGCUUAGUUGUCAGUGAUAUCAUUGCCACUUUGCUCCUUGCUUUGGGAGUCUACUGCUUUGCUGGACAUGAGACUGGGAGGCGAGUCUCCAGCGCUGCUGACACUCAAGGGCUGAUGAAGAAUGACCAGCUUUAUCAGCCCCUUGGAGAUCGGAAAAAUGACCAGUACAGUAGUCUUGGUGAAAACUGGCAGCAGAAGAAGUGAACCUGGAACUGGUCGAUUCAGGCACCUUGUUGUGAGAUGUGUCUUCUCCCCUGGAUCAGCUAAUCAAGACAUCCACUUUUCCCCAGCAGGUGUACAGACUGUACAAGACUCCUGGGUAAAGCCUGGGAGUUAUCCUGACUUGGCUGAGCUCUUGCCCUCCCCGCUCAGCUGUGUCCUCCCUUCCUUCGUCACUUCCUUCCCUCUGUUCCCAUGGAUGGUGAGGUGGAGGGUGGUUCCCCCACCAGGUCCUGGUCCACUGAUGUUUCUGUCCUCCUGGGUUUUUCAGGCACAGUAACUGCCCCACUCCACUGCCGCAGAUCUUGUUGCUUCCAGUCCUCUCUCAUAAACCUUCCAGAGUUUUGGUUUCCUCGCUGCUGCUGCUGCUGAGGGUGGGGUGCUGUGUUCAGGGGCCCAGCCACACACAAGUUCCAUGACAUCAUGAGCGGAGGUGGUAGAGACUUCAAGGGCCCUUGAACUUCUCAUCCAGGCUUGGCGAGCAUGUUUGACAAAGUCUCAGUCUUGUCUCAUCUUCUCUUCUUUCCUCCUUUCCUUUUUUUUUUUUUUUUUCCCUUUCUGCCAUAGGUUUUUAUGUUCUUGUUCAACUUCAAUUUUUUUCAAUUCAAGUAGAUAAAGUGUCAGAGACAGAUAAAGAGAUUUUACAAAUGCUCUGGCACUCUUAUAUGGUGUUAAGGCUUAAGCCCAGGCCACACACAUGACAAGGCAUGUGACUUACAUGGUGAACUAUCCCUCUGUCCCAUAGUCUUACUUCUGCUAAGGGGCUAGCUUUGAUUUUUUCACUUCCAUGAAAUAGUAGCCACUAGCUGUGAGGAGUUCUCAGCUGGGGUCCCUUCAGUAUUAUUUUCCUCAUAUAGAAGGUAUACUUCUAUUGUUCUACCACUUAUCUCCACCCCCUUCUAUCUGUCUAAUGAUCUAUCUCUGUUUAUCUCCUAUCUAUCUAUCUAUCUAUCUAUCUAUCUAUCUAUCUAUCUAUCUAUCUAUCUAUCUACCUACCUACCUAUCUACCUACCUACCAACCUACCUGUCUAAUCUGUCUUUCCCCAGAUCCUAGUUCCAUUUUUCUCCUGUCUUCUGUAAGGUAAACUGACUCCAGAAAUUCUUUUUUAGUUAAAAAUAGAUGAUCCCUCUUCAUCCAUUUGGUAAUGUUUGUACUCUACCAGGCAUGACACUGCCCAGCCCCUCCUCUUCAUCCACUUGGAAAGCUGGAAUCUGAGUCUGAGUAUGAAUUGGGGCCUGAGAUACUUUUACUUGGUGCCACCUUCAGUCAGUGAGUCAGUGAUGGUUCUGAAACUUUUGGAGGCUAAGGGAGUUAUUAAGAUAUAAAUACUUAGGUCCCAUUCUAGUCGUAUUUGAAGCGGUGACCAAAGAGAGCAGUUCAGAGAGUUUCUGGACUAAGAAGAACUGGAGUCACUUACUCUUGUGUCAUAAAUACCUCUUUCUUUCUUUUUCCUUUUUUUUUUUUCUGCCUCCAAGGUUAUUGCUGGGGCUCAGUGCCUGCACUAUGAAUCCACUGCUCCUGGAGGCUAUUUCCCCCCCUUUUGUUGCCCUUGUUGCUUAUUGUUGUUGUUGUUACUAUUAUUGUUGCUAUUGCUGUCAUUGUUGGAUAGGACAGAGAGAAAUCGAGAGAGGACAGGAAGACAGAGAGGGGGAGAGAAAGACACUUGCAGACCUGCUUCACUGCCUGUGAAGCGACUCCCCUGCAGGUGGGGAGCCGGGGUUUCUAACUGGGAUCUUGCAUGGGUCCCUGCAUUUUGUAGUAUUGUGCUUAACUGGGUGUGCUACCGCCUGGACCCCUUUUUUCCUUUUCCUUUUCUAUUUCAUUUCCUUUUUUUAAAAUUUUUUUUAAACGAGAGCUCUGCUCAGCUCUGGCUAAUAGUGGUGUAGCGAAUUGAACCUGGGACUUCAGAACCUCAGGCAUGAGAGUCUCUUUGCAUAACCAUUAUGCUAUCUACCCACCACUCCAUUUCCUUUUUCUUCCUUCCUUCUUCCCUUCCUCCUUUCUUCCUCCUUCUCCUUCUGUCCAUCCUCCUCCCCCUUCCUUCUUCUUUGUUAGAAACAGAAAAAAUGAGAAGGAAAGGGAGAUAGAGAUGGAUAGAGAAAGAGAGAUACCUGUAGCACUGUUUCCUUGCUCAUGAAACUUCCUCACUCUGCAGGUGAGGACUGGGGGCUUAAACAUGAUAACAUGUGUGUUCUACCAGGUGUGCUACCUCUUGGUCCUAAUAAAUAAAUGUUUAAGAAAAGAAUUAACAGUGCAGCCAGAGAACUAGAUGAUUUAUCUCAUUAUCUCCUCAAGAUACACAGAAGAAAUGUACAUAAUUCUUUUUUUUCGAAUUUCCAGUUUACAUAUUAUGACUCAUUCAUGCAUAUGAUUUUUUUCCUUCUCUUUCUAUCCUCCUACUGUAGUCCUCCUAGUCCUCAAUCUUAUUUUCACACUGGAUCCUCCAACAUGGACAACCCUUCCUUGGCUGGCACUAUAUUGAUUCUUUGUAUUCUUCCUGCACUCCACACACCUUCUUUUACUUUGCAUUCCUCAUAUUCUCUCCCAUAUGCUCUCACUUCCAUACCACACACCAGUUUUCAGCCCUGGUUUCCCAUUGGAAUCUCCAGGGGAGAUAAAAGUACUGAUUUCCUAAAGAUUUAAUAUCUGGGCCAUCAGGACUUUAAAAACUAUAUAAAAUGAAGUUUGGGGAGGUAGCUUAGUGUGGAGAAGAGAGUCUUUGCAUGCAUGAGGCCCCAUUUGACAUUUUCCCCAUACCCAAUACCACAUAUGCUAGAGGGGUACUCUUGUCUCUGUUUAUAAAUAAAUAAAUACAUAUUUUUGAAAAAUCAGUCUUACCGAGGCAAACUAAUAUGAAUAAGUUGUUUGUUUUCAAGGUAUAAAUCUGUUAAGUUUGGGAUACAUAUGUAUAUUUUUGAAACAUCACCACAAUCAAGAUAAUGAACUUCCAAAUGAAUAUUCUUGGAAUAUAUAAAAAACUCAAAGGGACAUUUCAUCAGGACUGGGGACAGAGUUAUGGAAAUGUAAGGACAACAGAUGAGAUGUGAAGAGCAGAAUGAUGAAGAAUAGAAUCUUAAGGAAAAGUGGCAUUGUGGUCCGGGAGGUGGCACAGUGGAUAAGGCAUCAGACUCUCAAGCAUGAGAUCCUGAGUUCAGUCCCUGGCAGCGCAUGUACCAGAGUGAUGUCUGGUUCUUUCUCUCUUCUAUGUUUCUCAUUAAUAAAUAAAUAAAAUAUUUUUAAAAAGUAGUAUUUAAGGGGCAGGUGGAGGAGGACUCAUGAAACCAAGGAAGAGUACAUUGAGCCAUCCACAUACCUGAAGAAAGGUCUGCCCUUGGAAGAUCUGUGAUCUACUUCUGGAAUUGGUCAAAGGAGAGCACUGUGACCUUUGCAGGAGUGUCUGGGGAGAAGCCAAGGAGCAAGGGCUGAGGACUGAAGGUGAAAUGAGGAAGCUGAUCUAGCUAGUGUGGACCUCUCUUUAGGGAAACUUGUCUGAGAAGGGAGAGAGGGAGGACACACUACCUGAUCACUUUUUUUUUUUUUUUAACCAUCAUAAGCUCUGGCUUGUGGUGGUGGUGGUGGUGGGGUUUUGAACCUAGGACUUUGGAACCUCAGGCAUGAGAGUCUCUUUGCCUAACCAGUAUACUAUCUAACUCCAUCUGCCUGGUCACUCUUUUAUACUUGGGAUGGUUUCUCUGUAUUUUGUCUCUUGUUUAGUGAUUUGAUAAUGGUUUACAAUAAUUUAAGAUUAUAAGGGGGGGAUUGAGUGGCAAGUUAAGUGCACAUGGCGCAAAGCGCAAGGAACGACAUAAGGAUCCUGGUUCGAGCCCCCGGCUCCCCACCUGCAGGGAGGUCGCUUCAUAAGCGGUGAAGCAGAUAUGGAGGUAUCAAUCUUUCUCUCCACCCUGUCUUCCCCUUCUUUCUUCAUUUCUUUCUGUCUUAUCCAACAACAAUGACAUCUAUAAUGACAAUAAUAAUAACCACAACACCAAAGCACUGUUCACCUCUGGUUUACAGUGGUCCAAGGGAUUGAGCUUGGAGCUUUGAAACCUCAGGUUUGAGAGUCUCUUUGCAUAAACAUUAUGCAGUUGGAUUCCUUUUGGUAAAUGGCAUAUUCUGUAAACAGUGAAGUGAAGAUUACAUUGCAUUAUGAAUUCUGACUGCUCAAGAAGAGUACAAUGUAAAGUUUCAAGAUGCUUAGUUUAUAUAUCUGCAUUGAAAUUUCAAACAUAGGGCAAAGUAUGUUUAUAAUAUUAUGGUGGUUAUCCAGGGGGGAACAUGAAUUUCAGGGUGAGGAAGUACAGAAAUGUGGCAGUAGUCAUGGUUUGAAACUACAGCCUUGCAAUCUUAUGAUCUUGUAAACCAUUAUUGUAACAUAAAUGAGAAAUAAAAUUAAAUAAAACCAACAAAACCAACCACGGUGGUCAGCAAACUUAUUAAAUAUUUCCUUCUUUAAAAAGAGUGCUGGGGCAGGGGUAGGUAGCAUAAAAUUAUGCAAAGAGCAUCUCUUUCCUGAAGCUCCAAAGUUCCAGAUCAAUCCCCACACACUAUUAUAAACUAGAGCUGAGAAUUAUACUGGUAAACAAACAAACAAAAAACCCACAUUUCAGUCAUGUAGAAUUGAUAAGCCAACAUAAAAUCUUUGAACAAAUAUAUAAAUAUCUAUACUAGAAUGUGUUGACAUUAAAUUGGUAACUGAUAUAUAGCUGCACUAAAAUAAUAGUAAUAAUAAUAGCAACAACAAUGAUAAAACAACAAGGGUAACAAAAAGAAAAAAUAGCCUCCAGGAGCAGUGGAUUCCUGGUGCAGGCACUGAGCCUCAGCAAUAACUCUGGAGACAAAAAAAAUAUAUAUAUUAUAAGCGUGUAGCUCCACAACUAUACCAAUCACAGAAUGUCCUGUCCUCCACUCCA